UGCGCGGUCCCGGCUCCUCCUUCUCUUCUCGCCAUGAUCUGUCUGAUGCUGACCAUCUUCGCGCACAUUUUCCCCACAGCAUGGACGGGGAUUAAUGAGCGCACAUUUUUGGCCAUAAAGCCAGAUGGGUGUCAACGACGUCUGGUAGGAGAGAUCAUCAGACGAUUCGAGAAGAAGGGCUUCAAACUGGUGGCCAUGAAGAUGAUGCAGGCAUCAGAGGCACUGUUAAAGGAGCAUUACUUCGACCUUCGAGACCGUCCAUUCUAUGGCCGCCUUGUGAAAUAUAUGGGCUCUGGACCGGUGAUUGCCAUGGUCUGGCAGGGGCUGGACAUAGUGAAGACUGCUCGUCUCAUGAUGGGGGAGACCAACCCAGCUGAUUCCCUGCCUGGUACUAUCCGAGGGGAUUUCUGUAUAGAUGUCAGCAGGAAUGUCAUACAUGGAAGUGACUCCACAGAGAGUGCUCAGCGUGAGAUUGCCCUGUGGUUUAAGGAUGAUGAGCUGAUCUGCUGGGAUCACAGUGCUGAGAGCUGGAUCUAUGAAUAA